AUGCUGUUUCAAGCACUGAUUCUUGGCAUCGCUGCCCUCGAACACAUCCGCGGCCUUCCAACCUCAGCCAGCCAACCUGUGGGAGCCCGUCAGUACUAUCCGGAUCCCGACGACCCAUCUCUUCCCCCGUCUCCUGAAGAUUGCCUCAGGCUAUCCUUCAGCGAGCCAGCGUGGUCCAUCUACGAUCCCGCACUGCUGUCGGUGAAUGUCUCAGAUGGAGGCACUCAAGGCGAUAUUCGCUUCUACACCAGAAACGUCGCUACUGGCCAACAUGCAGAUUGCAGAGUGACCAAUAUCGAACUCAACCCAAAGGGCGCCCAGUUGGAAACUUGGCACAACUGCAAUGUCACAGACUUGCAAUUUCAGUUUCUUCUCGAUGACUUUCAGGUGAGACUGAGGGGUGGUUGGAAUUUCCACGGACAUGGUGUCUGGGAAGAACCUGUCGUUCAAGGUUGUCUGGAAGAGUGGAAUACACCUCGUGGUCAAGAGACGCUUUGCAUCAUGGGAGGAUCAUAUGUCGCUGCCACGCUGACUAGUCCGAUGGAUCUACAACCUCAAUGGCCCCUGCUUCCCUACACACCUUUUGAGAGGGCGUGGAGAUGCGUCGAUCGCUCAUGGGAUCCCGAGUUUACUGUCCACAGCUUGGAAUACCAGCAUCACGAGGGUUCAUACGAAUUUACUCUGGAUCUUGAGAAUCAUUCCAGCGGCGAAAGGACAGUCUGCAAAUCCGAGACACUUGACGAGAAGGGCCUACCUACCGAUGGCUCAACACCGUGGGUAAAGUGUUUGGCUGAGAAUGCCACGUUCGACGUUCUGCUGGACAGGACGUAUGAUAUCCUGGGGAUUCGCCAGGAGUGGAAGUGUAGUGACAAUGUCAAGGAUAUUGAGCCAGAAGACUAUCGUGCCACGGGAUUGAUUCAGGCACGCCUUGAUUGUGCCAAACCGACAGACAAAAUACACAAAGACUAUACUUGCACCCUACCUGCCGCGUCACCAUUGACAUUUACUGGAUAUCCUGCCAUCGACAAAACCGUGCUCCCGCCUUUCCCUCACACUUUCUACAACAGAAGUUGCACAAUCAACUCCAUCAGCAACACCCAUACUCUUACCUUGAACGAGUACAAGAUUGAAACGGCCGAUGACGGAAAACUCGAGGGGACUUUCAGUUUCUAUAAUCCUGGGCCCGGAGAAACGUGGAGCCUGUCCAAGAUUCCUGUGCUCAACGAUGCAACUUGGCAUGAGUGCACCCCUGGGAAGGGAACAGAACUGCCUUGGCAAUUGGCCAGAUGCAGUUAUGCACUUUCUUUGCACGAAAAGUCGCCCGAAAUCCGGUUUGAUCUGGCAUGGUACUGUGAUGAUCGCGAUCCAAGUAAUGCGUAG